UUAUCUUUAUGUCUCUCCUUGAACAUCAAAGAAGAGAAAAAGAAAAAGAACUCUUAUAUACAACUUGUCUAUACAAAAUUAAUAUUAGUCUCUCCCAUUUUCUCACACCCUUUUACAUAUAUAUCUAAUCCAACACUUUAACUUCAUAAAAACUAAUCUUUAGUUUUCUCAACAAAGAACCAUAGUUCUUUCUUUCUAUUAAUACUAAUUUAUAAUUUUUAUUAUAAAUAUUACGAAUGCCUUCAUCUGUUCAGUUUCAAAGAUACAACACUAACAACACCGAGAUGGUCACCGUUAAUGCAAUUUCUAACGGUGUCAACUGUGCAAAACAAGGUCGUUACGUUUUAACGGCUUUAAAACUAACCGUACCAGAAACGGUUACGAACCACCACGACGCGCAUAUUGUGGGACCCAACCAGUGUUAUUCCGUUGUGAUCCAAACGAUCAACGCCUCCGUUUCAACCGUCUGGUCCGUGGUUAGACGAUUCGACAAUCCGCAAGGAUACAAGCACUUUGUGAAAAGCUGUAACGUGGUCGCCGGCGACGGCAUUCGCGUCGGCGCUUUACGUGAGGUGAGGUUGGUUUCUGGACUUCCCGCGGUGUCGAGUACGGAGAGGCUUGAUAUACUUGAUGAAGAACGGCAUGUUAUCAGUUUCAGUGUUGUUGGUGGAAUUCAUAGGCUGAGGAAUUACCGAUCCGUGACGACGCUGCACGGUGACGGUAAUGGAGGGACGGUGGUUAUUGAAUCGUAUGUCGUUGAUGUGCCGCAUGGGAACACGAAGGAAGAGACGUGUAGUUUUGUUGAUACGAUUGUACGGUGUAAUUUGCAGUCGCUGGCUCAGAUCGCAGAGAAGCUCUGAAGAAUAUGAAGGAAAUAAAAUCUAUUUUUUUAACUUGUUUUUUAAUUCGGGUUUUUUGUUUCCAAUACGGGUUUCGGGUCGGGACUCAUAUUGUUGAUAUGUACCCGUAUUGGAAAUUUGGGGUGGGGUAGGAAAAAAUGCAAUGGUAGGAUUAAGGUUAUAUAUAGAAUGUUAUAUCAUACUUGUUUUGAUAUAGUAUGAAUAUAUAUGUAAUUCUAUCAUUUAGCUACAUCUUUUUUUUUGGGGUAUAAUUUAGGAUUUAUCUUUUAUUCUUUUGUAAUUUAUAUUUUUACGUUCAUUUGGAUUGAUGGUGGCUGAUGCUUCAUUCGUACGAGAUGAAUGGUUUCUAGUGUUAAUGAAUUGAUUUAUUUAUCUUGUUAAUUUUUCAUUUGUAUGAAAGACAAAGUUGGUUAUUUGAA